AUGAAAAGAAAAGUUCCUAAUUUUUUGAAUUUUUAUAAAUUUGAUCUUCCUCAUUUCUCAUCAAUUAAUGCUGAAUUAGAGUUAUGGUCGGAAUUUCGGAAAGAAAAAACAGAAUUACAAUCUACUAUUUCAGAUACAUUUAAGUUUAUGGAUAUGAGAGGCUUUCCAAACAUUUUAGAGGCUUUUUAUAUACUUGCUACAAUACCAAUCACAGCUUGUGAGUGUAAAAGGUCGUUAUCUACUCUUAGGAGAAUAAAAACUCACAAUAGCAGUACUAUGUCACAAAACAGAUUAAGUGGACCUGCUUUAAUGUUUAUUUAUUGUGAUCCUAUGUUAAUAUCAACUAUGUUAAUAUAA